AUGGUUCACUUGGGAAAGGUCCCCACGGACGACGAGCUCAAGAAGCCUGUCAUCGAAGCUCUCAAGGAGCUUGAUCUGUCCGGCCCUGGCAAUGAUGACUUCACAACUAGUGUUUAUGGCUCCAGAUUUGCCGCCGCCGACCUGCCCAAGCAUGAGAUGCCCGAAAAUGAGAUGCCUCGUGAGGUCGCCUACCGAAUGAUCAAAGACGAUCUCUCCCUAGAUGGCACGCCCACUCUCAACUUGGCCUCUUUCGUCACCACAUAUAUGGAGGAGGAAGCAGAGAAGCUCAUGGUGGAGGCUUUCUCCAAGAACUUCAUCGAUUACGAAGAGUAUCCGGUGUCCGCUGAUAUUCAAAACCGAUGUGUCUCCAUGAUCGCUCGUCUCUUCAACAUUCCCACUCACGAUGCCUCCACGAACGCCAUGGGCACGUCCACCAUUGGCUCAUCCGAAGCCAUCAUGUUGGCUACCUUGGCCAUGAAGAAGCGUUGGCAAAACAAGAGAAAGGCCGAGGGCAAAGACUACAGCAGACCCAACAUUAUCAUGAAUGCGGCUGUGCAAGUCUGUUGGGAAAAGGCCGCCCGCUACUUCGAUGUCGAGGAGAAGUUUGUUUACUGCACAGAAGAUCGCUUUGUGAUCGACCCUGAAGAGACUGUGAACCUGAUCGACGAGAACACCAUCGGCAUCUGCUCUAUCCUCGGAACCACCUACACGGGAGAGUACGAAGACACCAAGGCCAUCAACGACCUUCUCAUCGAGCGUGGCAUUGACUGCCCGAUCCACGUGGAUGCUGCGUCGGGAGGAUUCGUUGCACCAUUCGUGAACCCCAACCUCGAGUGGGACUUCCGUCUUGAGAAGGUUGUCUCGAUCAACGUCUCCGGUCACAAGUACGGUCUCGUAUACCCUGGUGUAGGCUGGGUCGUCUGGAGGGACCCCGAGUUCCUGCCCAAGGAGCUCAUCUUCAACAUCAACUACCUCGGCGCCGACCAAGCCUCCUUCACACUCAACUUCUCCCGAGGCGCCUCGCAGGUCAUCGCUCAAUACUACCAGCUCAUUCGCCUGGGCAAGCGCGGUUAUCGCGCCAUCAUGUGCAACCUAACCCGCACCGCCGACUACCUAAGCAAGGCUGUCGAAUCCAUGGGCUUCAUCCUCAUGUCCGAGACCGGCGGCCGAGGUCUCCCCCUCGUCGCCUUCCGCCUCAACCCAGAGCACGACCACCCCUUCGACGAAUUUGCCAUCGCCCAUCAGCUCCGCGAACGCGGCUGGGUCGUGCCCGCCUACACCAUGGCCCCCAACGCCGGCAAGCUGAAGAUGAUGCGCGUGGUCGUGCGUGAGGAUUUCUCGCGAUCCCGCUGCGAUGCUCUCGUCACCGACCUCAAGCUCGCGCUCGACGAGCUCACCAAGAUGGACGCCGCGCGCCUCAAGCUCCAUGAUGAGCGACGGAAGAACGUCGGCAAGCUUAGCGGCAAGCAUGAGAAGGUCAAUGAUCACUACGCUGAUGAGGAGCACAGUCUCAAGGGCAAGCACGGCAAGACACACGCCGUAUGCUAG